UGUAAUCAAAAAAUUAUCACUCGUUAUUCAGAAUUUAAUACCUAAUUUUAAAAUGAAGAAUUGGCAAUUAAUAUCUCUUUUGUUAAUAAUAUCUUGUGUGAUAUUUAACGAAGCAAUUGUAUAUGAAGAAGACGAUGAAAAAUGGGAAUCUGAAAAUAUUAUAACGAUAGAAGCAGCUGCCAAUGGAGACUUGGAUGGUUUAAUAUAUGCUCAUAAAAAUGAAUGUCCUUGGGAUGAAAGAACAACAGAAGCCGCUGCAUCUAAUGGUGAAUUAAAAUGUUUAAUAUAUGCUCAUAAAAAUAAAUGUCCUUGGGAUGAAAGAACAACAGAAGCCGCUGCAUCUAAUGGUGAAUUAAAAUGUUUAAUAUAUGCUCAUAAAAAUAAAUGUCCAUGGGAUGAAAGAACAACAGAAGCCGCUGCGUCUAAUGGUGAAUUAGAUUGUUUAAUAUAUGCUCAUGAAAAUGGCUGUGAAUUGAAUCCAGAGAAUAUUGCGAGAAUUGCUAUUGAUCAUGAUUAUGUAGAUAUUUUACAAUGUGUUGAUAAAUAUUUAGUGGAAUGGAAAAAAGUAUUCAUUACUUUGGCUGCCUAUAAAGGUAGUAUAAACGUUUUAAAAUAUGCCCAUAAAAAUGGAUGGCCGUGGGAUGAAAGAAUAACAGAAGAAGCUGCUUCUAAUGGUAAAUUAGAAUGUUUAAAAUAUGCUCAUGAAAAUAAAUGUCCGUGGAAUAAAAAAACAACAGAAGCAGCUGCUUCUUAUGGAGAUUUAGAUUGCUUAAUUUAUGCCCAUGAAAAUGGGUGCGAGUGGGAUGAAAGCACGACGGAAGCAGCUGCAAAGUAUGGUCACAUAGAAUGCUUAAUAUAUGCUCAUGAAAAUGAAUGCCCAUGGGAUGAAAGAACAACAGAAGCAGCUGCUUCUAGUGGUCAAUUGGAAUGUUUAACAUAUGCUCAUAAAAAUGGAUGUCCGUGGAAUGAAAGCACAACAAUAGCAGCUGCCUCGAGAAGUCAUUUGGAAUGUUUAAAAUAUGCUCAUGUAAAUAAAUGUCCGUGGAAUGAAUUGACGGCAAAAGCGGCUGCACAAAGUGGUAAACUAGAAUGUUUAAAAUAUGUCCAUGAAAAUGGUUGUAAAUGGGAUGAAGGCACAACUAGUGCUGCUGCAGCAAGUCGCAGACUAGACUGUUUAAAGUACGCCCACGAAAAAGGAUGUGUUUGGGAUAAGAGUACAACCAAAGCAGCUGCAGAAAGUGGCUGUUUUGAAUGUCUAGAGUACGCCCACAAAAAUAAAUGUGUUUGGGAUGAAACCACAACUAGUGCUGCUGCAUCGAGUGGUUGUUUUGACUGUUUAAUAUAUGCCUAUGAAAAUGGAAGUGUUUGGGAUGAUAGUACAACUAGAGCUGCUGCAGCAAGUGGCUGUUUAGAGUGUUUGAUAUAUGCUAACAUGAAGGGAUGUAAUUGGGAUAAACAUACAAUAGUUGCUGCAGCUGAGAAUGGUAAAUUAAAUUGUCUUAAAUAUGCCCGUGAAUAUGGAUGUGAUUGGGUUGAAGGUACCACGAAAGCGGCUGCAGCAAAUGGACAUUUAGAUUGCUUAAUGUAUGCUCAUGAAAAUGGGUGUGAGUGGGACGAAGGCACAACAAGAGAAGCUGCUUCUAAUGGUAAAUUAAAAUGUUUAAAAUAUGCUCAUGAAAAUAAAUGUAAAUGGGAUAAAGAAACAACAAGUGGAGCUGCUGCAAAUGGCCAUUUAGAUUGCCUAAAAUAUGUUCAUGAAAAUGGGUGUGAGUGGGACGAUAGCACAACAAGACUGGCUGCUGAAAAAGGUCGAUAUCAGUGCUUAAAAUAUGCCCAUGAAAAUAAUUGUCCUUGGAGUAAAGGAACCCUUUAUGCAGCUAUUCAUGUUAAUUGUCCUUAUAUAGUCGACUAUGCUUUGAGAAAUGGGUGCUCCAGUUAAUUUCCUGUGAAAUAACAUUAAUUGUAUUAUAUUCAACUGCGUUGCCUAUAAUUAUAUUAUUUUAAAAUAAAUUAACUUGAGCUUUCAUGUA